AUGUGCAAUAAUGUGAUUAGUUUAAUCUUAUUAAUAUUAUUAUUAACAAAAUCGAGUGAUACAUUUCGGCUUUUCUCAUCGGAUACGGGAACAUACAAAGAACCACGGCCAUUUUUUACUUCAUCAAAAAAACUUAUUGAUGAUUAUUAUGAUGGAAAUCUGGCACAAGUUUCAAAGACAAUUAAUUCUCAUACAUUUGUUUUUGUUAUGUAUUAUGCAAAUUUCUGUGGUAUUAGUCGACGAAUGCGUGAUCCAUAUGAAAAAGCUGCUGCUUUCUAUCGAGAACGUAUUCAUCAUGAAAAUAAUACAUUAGAUAAAUUUCAUGUUAAAUUUAUAGCAGUUGAUUGUUUUUAUUAUGAUGGACAAUGUCGAAAAACUUAUAAACUUAAUUAUUUUCCUCAUAUGUUUUUAUAUGUAAAAGGUACACGUGGUUAUCAAUAUUUUGGAGCUACAAUUGCAACAAAUUUAAUUGAAUUUAUUGAAAAAAUUCGAAUGCCUGUAAUAAGACUUACAAAUAUAAAUGAAUUUUUAGAUUUUACUGUUCAAUAUGAAUCUAAUAUUUUAGCUUAUUUUGAUUUUUCUAAUGAUUUACAAAGAUAUCAUUAUUCUUUGUAUGCUCAAGCAGCUCUUAAACAUAUUGAAUAUGACAAUGAAUAUCCUACACGUUUUGCUGUUAUUCUUAAUCAAUCGAUUGUUGAAGAAAUAUCAAAACUUUAUAAUACUAAUUUUCAAAAACCAUUUGUUAUUUUACAUCGAUUAGAUUCCGAACCGCAGAUAUUUCCAAAUAUGACAAAUAAUUUUACAAUGGAAAAUCUUUUUCAAUGGGUUAUUAAUGAACAUAAAAAGCCACAUGUUAGUUGGAUUGUACCAAGAAAUAGUUAUUAUUCACAUAGUCCAUCAAUGGAUAAAGAAAUUAUAUUCGAUGCAUUGACUGAUCAUCAUAAUCUUCUUCUGUUUUUUACAUCAAACAAAUUAGAUGAAUUAAAAUUGCGUCAAAUUUAUCUUUAUCUUUCAAAUUGCAACAUAACUUAUUCAUCUCUUUGGUUAAAACAAAUUGAAAAUUUAUAUAAUCAUUCAUUAAUUAAUUUAACAGAAAAUUUACCUAAAACUCAACGUCAUCUACUUUCAUCAUGUUGUCAAUAUGCGUUCAAUCAACUACCAACAACGGAUAUAUAUAAUUUAUGUGUAUUAAAUCAUCAAAUAUCAUCAUUUAAUUUAUCGAAAAAACAUGCUAAAGUAUGUUUACCGAUUUUAGAAAAUGUAACAUUACAAAAAAUUUGUUUUCAAACUUAUUGUCAUCAAUGGUUAAAAAAUUCAACAUUAGUGUAUCCAGAAAAAUUAACUUAUAAUCAUGAAAUUGUUUUAGAAAAACGACGAGAAAAAUUCUAUGAUCAAUUUAUUAAUAAUCAACAAAGCAAAAUUAUUGAUGAUGAUAAUUCACUAGAAAAAUAUAAAGGAUUUUUAUGUCAAAUGAAUUCAACAUGGGCAUUUCGAUUAAUUAAUUCACGUGAUUAUCCUAAUUUUGGACAAAAUAUUGGUCUUAUAAAUCAUUCAAGAGCUAUUGUUGUAUUACAACCACAAAAUGAACAACAUUAUAUUUUAAAUAAUAAUGAAAUAACAACCGAAAAUAUCUAUAAAUUUAUUUAUGAUAUAUCAUAUAAUGUACGACCUCGUUCGUAUACAACUAUUCCGGAUAAUAAAACAUUGAUAAAACAUUCCAAUAAACUUAUUGAACUUACGACUGAUACAUUUUAUUCCAUUGUAUUUAAUCCUGAUAAACAUGUAGUCGUUGUUUAUUAUACAAAAUGGUGUGGAUUUUGUCAAUCAAUAUGGCCAGUUUUAUAUCAAACAAAAAAAUUUUUUAAUAAUUUUAAUGAUCUCAUUUUUACAAGAAUUCAAGCAGAUAAACAUGAUCUCCCAUGGCAUCUAACGGCAUAUAAUUAUCCAACAUUAAUUUUAUUUCCUGCACAAAGGAAAAAUCAUUCAAUUGUUUUUCCAACAUCAACAGAAUCGAUGACGAAUGUUAAUUUAAUAAAAUUUCUUCUUUAUCAUCUUUAUAUUGAUGACAAUGUCAAUGAACAAUGGUGUAAACAGACAAAUAAUAGUUUUUUAUCAAUGUUAUCAUCAACUUUUAUUGACUUUUCUCAAUUGUCAUAUGUAGUUAAAUCAUUUUCUUGA